AUGUCAUUCUCUACAUGUAAUAUAACUGGAAAGACCAGAUCAACCGGCCGGCAGGCUCAAUCGCACUCAUCUAUUGCUGCGGAUUCGAGAACAGGCAUAGAGGCCUUCGAAGAGAGAUCUUAUAAAGUCAAAAUUGGCUCACACCUAAACGAAACGAAAAGAAGGUCGGAUUCAGCCUUGAUCUUCCUGCCCCUUACUAUAAAGAAAAGGGGGAAUAUCGCCCGGAAAGGAUCCAUCCUCCUCAUUCCUCCUCUUUACGCUACUAUAGCUCGCGGAGGCAUUCCUCUAACUGAAAUCUCCUUCUCUCAUCCGUCUCAGUCUUUACCCACAGGAGAAAGAGGGUCACUUCUAUGGCCAAAGAUCACAUGCCAUAAGCUUCACUACGAUAGGACUUUCCCCUUAGAUGCAUGUCCGCCUAACUUCACCCCAGUUGAAGACCCCACCUUUUCCUCAUUCUCCCACGGGGCUUUUUCCGAUUUGAUAUUGGGAUUUCCCCUGGGAUUCGACCUCACUGCGCCUAGUCAGAAGGGCAUUCGCGGGCAGCUUUCGAGAAGGAAUAAGCGGUCUUAG